AUGGCCAAGGAGCUGCAUACACUCGGCUGGGAUUAUGUGAUGUUUGCCUUGUUCAUCGCGUUUACCGUAUUCACACCGCUAUGGAAACGCUUGUUUGGCAAACAGAAAGCACGCAGCAAAGCGGAUUAUGUUUUUGCAACAGGCGGUGUUUCCAUUGUGGCUGUAAUGAUAUCAAUUGCCCGAGGAACCUUAGGUGUGCGCACCGUGUUGGGUUAUCCAAGUGAGCUGUUCUAUCGUGGCUCAGCCAUGUGGGAAAUAAUCUACGGCAUGGCCAGUGCCUAUCCCUUGGUCUGCUUCAUAUUUGUGCCAGUCUAUUUUAAUUUGGGCAUAACAUCCGUUUAUCAAUAUUUAGAUUUAAGAUUCAAAUCUCGCAUGGUACGCUGCUUGGCCUCGGCCACCUAUAUAAUACGACAAAUAUGUUCUCUCGGUGUCACCGUCUAUACGCCAAGUGUUGCCCUGUCUACGGUAAUUGGUAUACCAUACUGGGCAUCCAUUAGCGGUAUGGCGACAAUUUGUAUCUUUUUCUCCAUUAAGGGUGGACUUAAAGCCGCCAUAAAUGCGGAUGUUAUACAGACGGUAACUGUCAUACUUGUCUCCAUUGUGAUUAUUGUCAAGGGCACAAUAUUUAGCGGCGGUCCAAAACGGGUAUACGAUAUAAAUCAGAAGGAUGGCCGCUUAAGUUUCUUCAAUUUCACCGGAGAUUUUUCGGUACGAGUCGAUACAACAUCAGCUUGGCUCGGCCAAUUAUUUGUAUCGCUGUCACAAUUCGGUUGUCAACAGAAUUUCAUGCAACGUUAUGUCAGCUUGAAGUCGCUGAAGGAAGUUAAACGUGCCAUGAUGUCCAAUAUACCCAUAAUAUUUGUAUUCUUCUCACUGUCCUGGAUAACCGGCUUGGUUAUCUAUUCUUCUUAUGCCAGCUGUGACCCCCUUGCCGAAGGCUAUAUAAAUAAAGCUGAUGAAAUUUUGCCAUUCUAUGUUGAAGAUCAAUUGGCAUUUAUACCCGGUUUUGUGGGUAUAUUUAUGGCAACACUAUUCAAUGGAGCUCUGUGCAUGAUGGUAUCCAAUUUGAAUUCCAUGGCCACUGUCAUCUGGGAGGACUUUUUGACAUUGGUACCGAAAUUCAAAAAUCUCACCGACCGUCAACAGUUGAGUCUUAUCAAAACGGUCACCGUGAUAUGUGGCAUACUGAUUAUGGGCGUUGCAUUCGGUGUGGGCCUGCUCUCCGGUGUAAUUGAAUCAUCAAUGAUGGCAUUUUCAGCAACAUCCGGACCAUUGUUGGGUUGCUUUAUAUUGGCUAUGCUGGUGCCCAUUGCCAAUUGGAAGGGUACUUCCGCUGGCAUGAUAACGGCCUGUGCUUUCGUCCUAUGGAUUAUUGGUGGCGCUGCAACUAUCGACAAGACGGAGAUUAAUAAAUUUUUACCAACAUCAACGGAGGGCUGCUCAAAUUUCACAUUUUCACAGACGAUACACAAGCCUACAAGCGAUGAGUACUCCUUUCUGCCAACUCAAUCAUCCUGGCUAAUGCAGCAUACACCGGCCGUGCCUCUAGACAACAGUGGCAACAUCAACAACAACAACAUCAUCAAUGGUUACGGUAGUGUUAACAGCAAUUACGUGAUGCUAAACGAUACUCUACUGGCAAUGGUGGCAAAUCUCACAACGCCUGCAACAACAACGGCAGCUGUUGAAGAACGGACACCAUUGCAGCACAUGUACGCCAUUAGCUAUAUGUAUUACAGUCUCAUAGGCACAGCGCUGACUGUGCUGAUUGGCUAUAUAGCCAGUUAUUUGACACAGGACCCUAAGGACGCUUACGAUGGGAAAUUACUGCACCCGACCGUGUUGCGUUUGUACGAACGUUUUUGGCGAGGCAACAAGCCGUACUACAUCAAAGAUGUCAAUAAUACAAUCGUUACCGUACUUGGCUCCAAUGGUAGUGUAUCAGUAUGUCAAGGAGGUCCUGAUGGCCCAUCGACGUUGGAUGUUGGCAGUGCCAACCAACACCACCACAACAGUAAUAGUGGUGCCAAAAUUAAUCACGCUUUUGAGCCACAAAACGAAGCCAAUAUUAUAAUUGGUGCUGACAACAGCAUCAGUAAAGACAAAAAUCCCAUGGAUGUGAUUUUCAUUAAGGGUACAGAUAUGGAGCAACUCAGUCCACCAUCCGCACAACAACAACAAGCCUCUUCAGUGCCGCAAAAUCCCAUCGCAUCGAUAUUAACAACAAAUAUGACAAAUGUCAAUGGUGACGCUGGCGUCAAUGUUGACAGUAUAACAUUAGAAAUGCCAAAAACCCAAACUACCUCCACGCCAACAGCAACAACAACAUCUAGCCAGCCUAGUAUAGACCACAACAAAUUUAAGAGCGAUAAGGAGAAUGUUUGA